CCCUCCAUCUCCUGCACUUCCUGCAGUCAGCAGCUCCAUACCUCCACCCGCCUUCAGUAAGAAAAAGUCAGAAGGAGGAGAAACAAAAGUGCACGAGACUGGCUUGUCCUUCUCCACCGGCUCUGAAACGAGCUCGUGCAGCUUCCCCCAGCCGAACGGACCGAACCAGAACCCGGUAUCGGGCUCUUGAAACAAGGUUCUGGGGAUCUUAGAGGAGCCUGGGAAGCCCCUGAUAAAAGAGUGGAUGAUGCAGCUUUGGAGCAGCCCGUAAAAUCAAAAUCUAGAACCGUGCACGGGACUAAUCAGCUGCGGAUCAGGACUGGAUCAGGUCUGGAAUUGGAUCAGAACCGAAUCCGGUAUGGUUGCAUGAGUGGGAUCAGCUGUGCAGCUUUUCAUGUACUGGAAAAAUGAGCUUUGGGCUCCACUGGGGGAGGGAAACCAGCUUGUAUCUGAAGGACUUCCCUCUGAUCAGGUGAUCGGCGCCCGCGAGCACGCACGCAGGCACGGAUUCACUUACUCACGCGCGCGCGCGCAGACACACGGACGCGAGGACUCACCCACACACAUACACAUUCUGCAGCUCGAGCGGCGGAGGACACGGCGCGGACUCGCCAUGUCCCGUUGUGACAGUGACUCUCAGAGGGAGCCCCCCCGCUCCCCAUCCCCGUCCUCCUCCCCAUCCUCUCCUCCCUCCAGCGCCUCCUCCUCCAGCAGGAACGUGUGCGCGAGCUGCGGCCUCGAGAUCCUGGACAGAUACCUGCUCAAGGUGAAUAAUCUAAUCUGGCACUUGCGCUGUCUGGAGUGUUCAGUGUGCAGGACGUCAUUGCGUCAGCACAGCAGCUGCUACAUCAAAAAUAAGGAAAUCUUCUGUAAAAUGGAUUAUUUCAGUAGGUUUGGUACUAAGUGUGCCCGCUGCGGCCGGCAGAUCUACGCCAGCGACUGGGUCCGGCGCGCCCGCGGAAACGCCUACCACCUGGCCUGCUUCGCCUGCUUCUCCUGCAAACGACAGCUCUCCACCGGAGAGGAGUUCGGCCUGGUGGAGGAGAAGGUGCUCUGCAGGAUCCAUUACGACACCAUGGUGGAGAACCUGAAACGAGCGGCUGAGAAUGGAAGUGGUCUAACGCUGGAAGGGGCGGUACCAUCAGAGCAAGACAGCCAACCCAAACCGGCCAAACGGGCUCGGACCUCCUUCACUGCCGAACAGCUGCAGGUAAUGCAGGCUCAGUUUGCUCAGGAUAAUAAUCCUGACGCUCAGACGCUGCAGAAACUGGCGGACAUGACGGGGCUGAGCAGACGAGUUAUACAGGUUUGGUUUCAGAACUGCAGAGCAAGACACAAAAAGCACACCCCCCAGCACAGCGGACCCCCGCAGGGUCACCCGCAGGCCCGCAUGCCCCCCUCGCUGCCCGACGAGCUGCAUUACUCCCCCUUCGGGAGCCCAGAGCGAGCGCGCAUGGUGGCCCUGCACGGCUACAUCGACAGUGAGUGGAACUUCUCCAGUACAAGAACAUGUCAUCCGUUUUCAGUUCUGACCACACAGAGUCUCCCUCAUCAGGCCAUGUCUCUGCCCCAGCUGCCCCUCAGCCGCUAAUGCCCCCCUGCCACCCGCCCCCCGCCCUGCCACUGUGACCCGCCGACCCCUCAGCCCCGACCUCCCGCUCCUCCUGCCCCGCCCUCCGGGGGUCCCGCCGCUCUCAGAGGGUCCCGCCGCUCUCCGGCUGAAGGACGGGGUCACGUCCCCUCCUGCUCUUGACCUCCGACCCCCCGAGGAGAGGGAACGCUUCCUCUGUCCUGUUCCCCGGGACAGGAUUUCCCUCACCUGCGGGCAGCGGAGCCGCAACACCUGCGAACGCUUACAGGACGCCUGAGCGCUCACCUGUCAGACUGGCAGGACUCUGGACUGUGUUAAAACCAGGAAACCGGCUCUCAGAUUCGGGAUUUGGACCUUUGGAUUGACCCGGUUCCUAAAGCGCACACUGAACGAUGCUCUGAGAAUCAGAUGAAGUGCUAAAGUGAUGAAGUGCUCUCGAAUGAAUCUCUCUCUCUCUCUCUCUUGGUGGAUCUAUGAAAGGAGGUAUAAUUUGUACACUGAAAAAAUGAUUAGUAAAAUUUACUUUAAAAAUGUUUCACUACUUUCUGCAUUUGCUUUUUUAAUUAAAUUUAAUUUCAGAUAAAUUUAAGUAACUUCAACUCGGUUUCAAGAUUUAAAUGUAACAUAGAGUAAAUAAGUGAACUGAACUUCAGUCACUCCUUUCUUUUAGUAAACUUUACUUCAUUUCUGCAUACAAUAUUACCUAAUACAAUAUUACAACAUUACUCAAUUAAUUUAUGAUACAU